AUGUUUAUCUACCUAAGCAAAAAGGUCACGACUCCGCAUGAUUCCGAAUUACAAUGCGUUUCUUGGAAUCAAAAUACUGAUUUCAUCGCGGCCGGAGGUACCAAUGGAUCGUUGAGAAUCUUGAAGCUGGCCCCAGCCGAGACUUCAAAUAAGAGGCACACCGGAGCGGAUAAUGGAAUAGCUACACCAACGAAUUUGUCAGUGAAUAAAGAGUUGGAAGCACAUACGGGGACUGUCCUCUGUGUCUGCUUCAAUGAAGUUUAUCAGAAGUUGACUAGUAGCGACUCAAAUGGAUUGAUUGUUGUCUGGAGUUUGUCAAAUGACAAUUGGUACGAGGAUAUGUUGAACAAUCGGAAUCAAUCCCGGGUGGUUUCGAUGUCGUGGAAUAGCGAUGGAUCCCGGAUCGCGAUUGCAUAUCAAGAUGGAAUGGUAAUACUCGGGUCAGCUGAAGGAAAUCGUGUCUGGCACAAAGAGAUGCCUGGUCAGCUAGCUGCAUGCUGCUGGUCACCAGAUGGUUAUUUAAUCUUGCUAGGUUUCUGUGAUGGUGAAGUGCAUGCGUAUGACAGCCAAGGAAACUUUAUGCAAAAGCUACAAAUGACCGCUCUUGAAAACGUUGAAUUGGAGACGGCUCUUGUUAAAGAUUUGCGCAAAGAUAAGAUUAUUUCGUUAUGCUGGUGGGCGCCAGUGGCUAAGACUAAAUAUGUGGACAACGGAGGCUACAAACAUAAACAAACGCAAAUGUUCAAUCGGCCAAAUCAAAACGAUGCCGCACCACCAAGAAUCACUAGACAGCCAACGACCGAAAUGCUCAGUGAUCGGCAAGAUGGAAGACCACGUCUUUUGAUAGCAUACGAACAUGGAGUCAUCCAGUUGAUGAGAAAUGAAACCGAUACGCAACCUGUAAUGGUUCGGCUAUCCCAAAUUGCGAUCGCAUGCGCUGCUUGGGCACCAAACGGCGGUUUCUUUGCGGUGACAGGCCAGUUAUCUGAUGCCCCCACUGGCGAACGAAACGUCGUGCUGUUCUAUACGGCACAUGGGGAGCGAAUUCGGAUGUUAAAAGUUCAAGGCAAUGCAAUUAAUGGCUGCGCCUGGGAUUCUACCGGAUUGAGAUGUGCGUUAGCUAUUGACCGACAUAUCUAUUUCACUAAUAUACGGCCCAAUUACUUGUGGGGCUAUUGCGCGGACUCGGUCGUCUACACCUUCGAGACAGCUAUAUCUGAAUUCAGAGUCAUUUUCUAUGAUGUUCAACAAGAAGCGCAUUAUACAAAAGCGGUCAGACACCUUGAGAAUCUGUCGUGCAAUGACGAGUACUGUAUCAUCUCCAGUCGAUCGGACGAAGAACAUGGAAGCUACCUCUGUCAACUUUGUAACGGCAUGGGGACUCAAAUGGACUUCAAAUAUACGGAAGUCAAGCCCGAGUUCGUCGAGCUAAAUGCCGAAGCGGCGGUGAUCGCCACGGAAGACCUGUUUUAUAUCUGGCACUUUAACCUGCCAAAGAAGAACUCAUUCAGCUUCCUCGCCUUACAAAGGCCAAGUACCCAACAAGACACAAUUCAUCAUCUGGAUGGGUCAGUGGCGGGACCAACGCUACGGAAGAAAAAACCGACCGAGGUCAUCUGCGCAUUGGUCGUCGCGGAUACUUAUUUUCUAGCGGCCAUUGAAAGUGGAAUAGUCUAUAAAUUUUCUCUCACUGAUGGAUCCCAACUUCAUAAAUUCCCGUUGCUGACAAACAUCGAAAAGAUGUAUUUUAAUUGCACGUUCACAAAGCUGGUUGUCCUGACCCAUCAGGCUGUAAUGAGGCAGUUUGAUGUUAGCGAAGAUGGGUUGAACUCGAUUCCUGGAGCUCAACGGACUGACGUUUGGAAUGUCAAGUGGGAUCAUGAAAAAGAUGAUACCUUAGCCGUGAUGGAAAAAACGCGGCUCUUCGUCAUUCGCGGCCGAGAAACGGAGGAACCUGUGAACUCCUCAGGAUAUAUUGCUUCUUUCAAAGGACUCUCUGUCCGCACUGUAAUGGUUGACCAAUUCUUACAACGACCUGAACAUCCGGAGCGAAGGUACAUAGUCGACAUUGAAGUGAAGGCCCUCCGCGAAGCAAAAAGCAUGCUCACCCGAAUGAAGGUCUCUGAAGCCACAGCCUACAUCGAGAAAAACCCACAUCCAAGAUUAUGGGCUCUACUAGCGGAAGUGGCCCUAAAUAAAGGGGACUUGGCAACAGCCGAGCAUGCGUAUGUAAUGUUGAAAGAUUACCAAGGCCUGCAGUUUUGCAAAAAGGCACAGAAAAUUGAUGACGUGCAUGUACGGGAAGCUGAAAUCUACUACCAUUUGGGGAAGAUAGAUGAAGCGGAACGGUUGUUUUUCCAAGCUGAUCGACGCGACCUGGCCCUUGAAAUGUUCAAGACCCAACAGGACUGGUUCCGUGUCUUGAAGAUCUUGCAAACCACUACCGGUCCUGGUGAUGAUCAACUCUUAAAGAUUGUCUAUGAACGGCUUGGUGAUUAUUUUUAUGACCGGCAGAAUUGGGAAAAUGCAAUUCCUCACUACGAGCAAUCGAAGAACCUGGAGAAGCUGAAAAACUGCUACUUGCGACGGGCUGACUACAACAGUUUGCGGCAUUUGGCUACACAGUUGCAGCCAGGGAAUCCUCUCUUAAUCGAACUCUCGGAAUUGUUUGCAAGCGCAGGGCUUUGUGAAGCGGCUGUCGAAAACUUUUUGCGAUGCGAUCGGCUGAACGAAGCAUUGGAUACUUGCAUUCAAUUGAACCAAUGGGAAAAGGCCGUGACGCUGUCACGUACCCACAAUCUGAAAGAUGUGGACAGCUUGCUGGGAAAAUAUGCAGAAGCCUUGACCGGGAGCAAUGAAAGGACCUUGGCUGCUGUACAAUUAUAUCGAAGAGCUGGAAAAUAUCUACAAGCUGCAAAAGUUAUCUACGACAUAGCAGAAGAUGAGCGGAAACGUGGAGCAACUCUCCUACGUUUAAAGAAAAUCUAUGUUCUUGGUGCAUUAAUGGUUGAGGACUACCAUUGUCAGCAGCGCAUCAAAUUUGCGGAUGCUGAGAAGAAGAAGGAUAAAAAUGCCGAUGAGGCACAAAUCGCGUUAUCAGGUUUAUUAGAAGAGGAUAAUUCUGUGAGCCUCGAAGAAUCAAGGAUGAUUGACAGUGCUUGGCGCGGGGCCGAGGCUUACCAUUUCUACAUGUUGGCCCAGAAAGGUCUAUACCAGGGCAAUUUUGACGCAGCGAUGAAGUGCGCUUUUUAUUUGAUGGACUUUGAUGAUUUGCUGGAUCCUGUGGAAGUGUAUUCAGUGUUAGCAAUUACUAGCUGUGCAACUCGGCAAUUCUCGGUGGCUAGUCGGGCUUUUAUGAAGUUGGAAUCUUUGUCGGAUAUGGCCGAAGAAGAAAAGAGUGCUUAUCGGACGUUGGCUAUCAAGAUUUUUAACAAGUACCCUCCUUCCGAUACCGUACCCAACCUGGUUGGCUGCAUUAACUGCGAGCAUUCGAUCCCGGACUACUCGACGAUCUGCCCGCAAUGCGAUAUCCGGAUUCCCAUGUGUGUCGUGACGGGCCGACCACUUUUUGACUACCAGUUCUGGCUGUGCCCCAUCUGCAAGCAUCGAGCCUACGAACAGCAUAUCAGCAACCUGAAAUAUUGCCCUCUCUGCCACCAUGCCAUUGAA